AUGGCUACCCCUAGUGUCCUUGCUUUUGACGCUGAGGGUCAGGCCAUUGACUUUGACGUCUGGGUAGAUGACCUGCAGCUUUUCCUACAGUGCGAUAGGGCAGACGGUCUCUCCCUCUUUGACCUCACUUCUGGUGCCUCUCCUGCCCCUGCUGCUGAUGCUGACGCCACUGUUUGCUCACAGUGGGCCAAACGCGAUGCUGCUGCACGUCUUGCUGUGCAUCGCCACCUGCCUACCUCUGAGCGUGCACACUUUAGCCAGUACAAGAGUGCUAAGACCUUGUACGACGCUGUAGUUGCACGCUACUCCUCCCCUACCACUACUGCACUGAGCCGCCUCAUGCUACCGUACCUCUUCCCUGACCUUGCUACCUUUCCCACAGUCAAUGACCUCAUUACGCACCUCCGCACUAGUGACACUCUCUACCGCGCUGCGCUUCCUGCUGAGUUCUGCGCCAAGAACCCCCCCCCCCAAUUUUGCCCCACCACUCUCACCGUUGACCUCCUCGAGAAGGCCCUCCUAGCGGCAGAGAAGAGCAUAGUCGCUGUAGGAGCCUCUCGUGGUGACCCUUGCACCCCCGUCUUUGAGGGGUGUUCCCCCUCCCCCCUUUUGCCCUCUGUUGCCUAUGCUGCUGCGGGGGGUGGUGGUGGGAGUGGAAGUGUCGGUGGCGGCAGUGGAGGCGGAAGCGGAGGCGGCGGUGGCGGUGGGGGCGGAGGUGGCGGAGGAGGCGGUGGAGGAGGAGGCGGCGGCGGAGGAGGCGGAGCUGGUCGGGGUGGCGCUGCACAGAUUUCGGCUCCGGUGGUGCGCUACACUGGUCCGUGCACCUACAUCCUACGCACCGACGACCGCGCGGGUGAGCAGUGCGGGGGUGCGCACUCCACCCAGCGCUGCUUUGGCCGCCUGACGGACGCUUGGCGUCACCAGUUCCCUGAGGCCACUGAGAUCCCUCGCUGGGGCGAGCUGUCUAGGGCGGGAGUAGCUAUCUUUGACCUUGACUUUGAUGCUAUUCUUGCUGCCAUGUAUGCUAUGACUAUUAGUGAUGAGGGUGACUGUUACCGGUGCUUUCCGCCCGACCCGGGCAUUGAGACUGCCGCUCUAGGUACUGGUGAGGCUGCUGCUCUAGGUGCUAGCGAGGCUGUUGCUCUAGGUGCCAGUGCGUCUGCUUCCUCAGGUGCUGGUGAGUCUGCUCUCUCAGGUACCGCGUCGGCUUCGGCCUCCCACACCUUCACCCUUGACUCGGGGGCUUCUCGCUCCUUCUUUCGAGACCGCACCACACUCACGCCGCUUGGUCGGCCAGUUGCAGUCCCUCUGGCAGACCCCUCUGGGGGUCCUGUCCUUGCUCACUUCUCCACUGCCCUCCCGUGUCCGGCGGCCCCCUCUGGCACCCUGUCUGGUCUUUACCUCCCCUCGUUCUCUACGAACUUGGUGAGUGGUGCUGACCUACAGGAUGCGGGGUUCACCAGUUCACUUCUGCGAGCAGCUGUGUCGGGUCAGGUGUUUGCUGCAGCGUUCAGGUCUGGUCCUGAGUCUGCCCCCUGCUCGUGUCGCCUCCUGUCUCACGAGACUCUCCUCUGGCACCACCGCCUUGGUCACCCCUCCCUGCUUCGUCUCCGAGGCAUGGCCUCCCGUGUCCUUGUCUCUGGUCUUUCCUGGUCCCUCCCUCCCCUUCCCCCGGGGCCUGCCCCUGCCUGCGUCCCCUGUGUCGAGGGGCGGCAACGUGCUGCCCCUCACUCCUCCCAGUUUCCUCCGACAGAGGCCCCGCUGCAGACGCUUCACAUGGACGUGUGGGGCCCAGCCCGCGUCCGUGGACAGGGUCACGAGCGCUACUUCCUGCUGGAGUUUGACGACUACUCGCGUUACACCAUAGUCUUCCCCUUGUGCAGCAAGGGUGAUGUCACUGAGACCUUCACGCUUCCGGACUCUCUACAGCAAAAUGGGAUUGCUGAGCGCCGCAUUGGCAUGGUCAUGGACGUCGCCCGUAUGUCCAUGAUGCAUGCGGUUGCCCCCCAUUUUCUAUGGCCGUUUGCGGUUCGGUACGCGGCGCAUCAGAUCAACCUUCACCCCAGGGUCUCCAUGCCGGAGACCUCCCCAGCUUUGCUUUGGACGGGGAAGGUUGGCGAUGCGUCUGCGUUCCGUGUCUGGGGAUCUGGGGCGUUUGUCCGCGACUUGUCUGCGGACAAGCUGUCCCCUCGUGCUGCUCCCUGCGUCUUCCUUGGCUUCCCCCCUGACGCGCCUGGGUGGCAGUUCUACCACCCCACCUCUCGCCGUGUGUCCCAGGUAGACGUAGUCGAGCCUGUCAAGGUUGCUGGUGACUCUGGUACUGCUGAGGGUGCUGACCCUGGGGGUGCUGACUCUGGGGGUGCUGAGCGUGUGGGUGCUACGCCUGGGGGUGCUGAGCCUGAGGGUGCUACUACUGGGGGUGCUGAGCCUGGGGGUGCAGAGCCUAGGGGUGCUACGCCUGGGGGUGCUACGCCUGGGGGUGCUACGACUGGGGGUGCUGAGCUUGGGGGUGCUACGCCUGGAGGUGCUGUGCCUGGGGGUACGGAGCCUGAGGGAGCUUGGCCUGCUCGUGUCGCGGCUGGGGGUACUGUGCCUGGAGGUUCUCCGGGUGCUUCGUCUCGGCGGGAGCCACUCUCUCCACAGGAGCUGCGCGAGUGGUUUGCCCGGCGCUGGCGGCGUGCUGCUGGAGCUAGAGGUUCUUCGGCUACUGAGGGUGAUGGUGUCGCGGGUCCCGGAGGUGCUCGUACUGGGAGUACUGGAGCUGUUGGGCGUGCGGGUACGACUAGAGCUGGAGCUGCUGAGGGUGUUGGCGCUGAGGCUACUGCUGUCGGUCAUCGAGGCGGUCCUGCUAGGGGUGCUACUGGUGCAGCUGGAGGUCCUGGAGCUACUGGAGCUGCUGGGGGUGCUGGAGCUGGAGGUGCUGCUGGCACUGGUGCUACCACUGGGGGUACUGGUGCUGUCCUUGCUCGUCCUCCUCCUGUCCCUGGCACGCACCGGAUGUCUCUGCGUCCGUCUACUGCUCCUCUGCGUGCCCCUUUGCCUUCUCCUCCUCAGUCCUCUCUUCCUGCUCUUGCCGACCCGGAGUCGGACUCUCUUCGUGCUGCCAGUCCUACUGUCACGCGUCUCCUUGCUACUGUCGUCACUCACCCUUCCUUUGAGUCCACUGCUGCGUCUGCCCUAGUUGCUGAGCUUGUUGACUUUGCUGCUCGCUGUCGUCUAGACUAUGCUGCUAGUCUUGUCGCUGAGUCUGAGUCUGUCUGUCCUCCGUCCGUCGGGGGUGAGUGUGCCCUUGGCACGGACGUCCUUGAGGACAAGCAGGAGGAGUUCCAGUCUUUGGCUGCUGCUUCACCUCAUCUCGUGUCCGUACAGCUUACCGUUGAGGGAGACCCGGAUGCACUUGACAUCCCGACUCCGCGCUCUUACGCGGAGGCGAUAGAGGGUCCCUACUCCUCUCAGUGGGUGAAGCGGCCGCCGGGUUCUCCGCCUGUCUUCAAGGCGCGUUACGUGGCUCGUGGUUUCAGUCAGCGGCAGGGAGUUGACUACUUUCAGACCUUCUCUCCCACCCUGAAGAUGACCACUCUUCGGGUACUGCUGCACAUAGCAGCUCACCGUGACUACGAGCUGCACUCUCUUGACUUCAGCACUGCUUUCUUGCAGGGCAGCCUGCACGAGGAGAUCUGGCUGCGUCGCCCACCUGGCUUCACUGGGUCUUUUCCUCCUGGCACUCAGUGGAGCCUCUGGCGGCCAGUCUACGGUCUCCGCCAGGCACCGCGUGAGUGA